UUUUUUCAAUCUCUCUCCCCUUCUCUCUCUCCAUCCACCUCACUCUCUCUCUCUUUUUUCUCUGCUCUCCUUUCUCAAAAAAGCCAUGACGGCGAUCCCGCGAUCCAUCCUCGCCUCCGCGCUAUCUUUCUAUUAUUUCUAAUUUAUUUUAUUAUUAUUUUGGUUUUUUUUUUUUACUCCGUCUCCUCCACCUCCUCUGGUAGAUGUCCAAGGCGUUGGAUGAAGAUCUUUUCUCUCUUUUUUCCCCUCCUCCUCUCCUCUGUCACCCCGGCAUCUCCCCGAUGUGAUCCGCGCUGAACGCAGCCGCUGAACAGCCACCAUGUCUCGCCGCAAGCAAGGCAAACCGCAGCACCUGAGCAAACGGGAUUUCUCGCCAGCCGAGCCCCUCUCCACGGCCGUCGUCUCGUCGGAGGAGCUGUCGGAACGCUGCUCGGAGCACUCGGAGGACAGCGGCAGCCUCAACAGCCACCAUCCGGUCCCCACCGUGGGCCGGUUGGCCCGGCUGGGUCCGGACUCUCACCCCUCGCCGGAGCAGGACCUCCUGACCUGUGGUCAGUGCCAGGCCACCUUCCCCCUGGCAGACAUCUUGCUCUUCAUCGAGCACAAGAGGAAGCGAUGCCACGGGCCACCCUGCCUUGCCAUAGGCAGGGGGCUGGACAAGCCCCCUUCGCCCUCCCCCGGUUUGGCCCUCACCCCUUCACCCGCUCUGAACUCUCUGCGUGGCCGGAGGCCGGUUGAAGUCGGGGUUCAGGCCACGCUAGCAGACGAAGACGACGAGAGGUUCUCGUCGCCUCGGGGGAUUUGCCCAAAGCAGGAGCCCCUCCCAGGUAAGGAGGAGCCAACCACGUAUACCUGCACAACGUGCAAGCAGUCAUAUGGCAGCGCCUGGUUCUUACUGCAGCAUGCUCAGAACUCCCAUGGCUUUCGAAUUUACCUGGAAAGUGAACAUGGCAGUCCUCUCACCCCACGCAUGGGCGGGCCUUCUUCCCUUGGUGGUGGUGCUGAUUGCCCUUCUCAGCCUCCCCUUCAUGGCCUCCAUUUGCCACCUGAUGCAAGCCCUUUCAACCUCCUCCGCAUCCCUGGCUCGGGCUCAGGGGGAAGGGACAGCGUUGGAACAGGAGGUGCAGUUGGCUCUGGUGUUCCUGGAGGCCAUCAUCAACGUUUCCCCCCAACACCUCCUCUCUUUAGUCCCCCUCCGCGAAACCAUCUGGAUCCCCACCACCUGAGCCCAGAGGAGCUGGCGCUGGCAGCCCACCACCCGAGUGCCUUUGACAGGGUGCUGCGCCUUAAUCCUCCUCUGCCUCUAGACCCACCUCCGUCAAUGGACUUCUCAAGGCGUCUACGGGAACUGGCGGGCAACACCUCAGGGUCUACUCCCCCGCUAUCACCCAGCCGGCCAAGCCCCAUGCAGCGCUUACUGCAGCCAUUCCAGACAGGAGGAAACGGAGGUGCAGGGGGUGCAGGGGGCAGCAAACCUCCAUAUCUUGCUACUCCACCACCACUACAAGGCUCGAUGCAGUCGCCUGUGGGCUCACAAACCACUCCUCCAACCCCACUCCCUACAGGAGGACCCCCCUCUUCCUCCAACACCCAGUUGAAAUCAAAGUGUUGUGAGUUUUGUGGCAAAGCCUUUAAGUUUCAGAGUAAUUUAAUAGUGCAUCGGCGCAGCCACACUGGAGAGAAGCCGUACAAAUGUCACUUGUGUGAUCAUGCAUGCACACAAGCCAGCAAACUGAAACGACAUAUGAAGACGCACAUGCACAAAUCAUCCUCGCCAAACACGGGCAGGUCAGAAGAUGGUCUAUCAAUAGCCUCAUCCCCAGAGCCUGGCACUAGUGAGCAUAUAGGUAGUGCAAGCAAUGCACUUAAAUCAGUGGUGGCCAAGCUGAAGAGCGAAAAUGAUCGCAUGUUACGAGAAAAUGGGGAGGAGGAAGAAGAGGAAGAAGAGGAGGAAGAAGAAGAAGAGGAGGAGGAAGAGGAAGAGGAGGAGGAAGAGGAGGGGGAAGAGGAGGAAGUACAGAAUGGGGAGAGGCCACCCAAGCGAAACAACAGCUAUCACUUUGGACUGAGCCUGGAAGAAGCACGGCAGCAUGAAAACAGCAGCAGUAUUGGAAGUCGACUGGGCGGAGUGGCUGAUGAGACGUCUAUCCCUCGCUCACUGCCAGAGGUCAUGCAGGGAAUGGGUCUGGCCGCCAGCAUGCAGCAUUUCAGUGAAGCCCUCAACGCACACAAACGCAACGCCAUGGCCCAGGAGAACCACCUGCAUCACCAUCUCAGCAGAGACCAUCACCACAGUCGGGACAUGUGUGAUGGAGACUCUGUCUUGGAAACAGAACGUGUAGAGGAAGGCACUGUUUCUGCAGUAAACGGACGAGGAGUGUCUCCUAAUGAAUCUUCUUCAAUUGGCCUCUCAAAAAAACUGCUUCUGGGUAGCCCCAGUCCACUUAGUCCCUUCUCAAAACGUAUUAAACUGGAGAAAGAAUUUGACCUGCCUACCCCCACAAUCCCUAAUACAGAAAACGUCUACUCCCAAUGGUUGGCUGGCUAUGCUGCCUCUCGACAACUCAAGGACCCCUUUCUCAACUUUGGGGAUUCCAGACAAUCGCCUUUUGCAUCAUCAUCUGAGCACUCUUCAGAGAAUGGCAGCCUGCGUUUCUCGACCCCUCCAGGAGAACUGGAUGGGGGAAUGUCAGGUCGCAGUGGGACAGGCAGCGGGGGCAGCACGCCCCACCUUGGGGGUCCUGGGAGACCCAGUUCCAAGGAUGGACGCAGGAGUGACACUUGUGAGUUCUGUGGAAAGGUUUUCAAGAACUGCAGUAACCUGACAGUACACCGGCGCAGCCACACAGGAGAGAGACCCUACAAGUGUGAGCUGUGCAAUUACGCGUGUGCCCAGAGCUCCAAACUUACUCGCCACAUGAAGACCCAUGGUCAGGUGGGCAAAGAUGUGUACAAGUGUGAAAUUUGUCAAAUGCCCUUCAGUGUUUACAGCACCUUGGAGAAACACAUGAAAAAAUGGCACAGUGACCGUCCCUUGAGUACCGAAAUAAAGUCAGAGUAGAAAGCAGAACAAUGAGACCUUUUCCUUUGCAACUGGGUCGCCAACAGUCAAGUGUUUAUUCCUAGCCCCCUUGUAGAUUUGUCCCAACACUCCCCUUUCACCAACCUGGUGGAAGCCUAAGACCAUGUGCUCUGCACCAGCACACCUUGUUUCCAUUACCCAUCGAAUGCAUGAUCUGUAUCGGGGCAAUACUCUUGCAUUGACGCAAAACUUCGAGCCUUUCUCUUGUGCAAUAAUUUACAUGUUGUGUACUAUUUCCUUUUAUUGAGUUUUCUUUUUUUUCUCCCCAUUUUUAAGAAUUAGUCAGCAUGCAUAGUAUGUUUUUUGCUAAUCAAAAAAGAAAAGAAAAAAAGAAAAGAAUUUGUCCCUGGUUGGUUAGUUGUUGAGUAAAUGUAUUGCUGUUUUUCUCUCAUUCAGUUAUUUUCUUUUUAUUCUUUAAAAAGAAAAAAAGAGAAGAAAGAUACAUCCAUGCUGCGUACAUUCUGUAACACAUAUCAUGUACAGGUUUGUUUUGUAACAUGGAAAGUGAACAGUCUUUUUACUUGACCCUCUUUUUACUACCCUGGAAAUGCACUUAUCCUGAUCUUUCUAAAAGAUGCCAUGUUCACACAGGGUUUAAAAGAAGAAAAAAAAAUUAUGUAUUUGGCUUGACUACUAAACUGAAAGUGAUGACAGGCCUCAAAUUUCUUUCAAAAAGACAAAAAAGUGUGUUAAGAACUCAAUUUGUACUAUCAUUUGGAGGAUUAAGGAAGAGUGCCUUUGAUAUUUCAAGACUGCAUUGGCCAUAAUUUUAUCUGGUUUAAGUUUUGGGGUCACACAGAUGGAGCUGAAAGAGUUAAACCACGCAGAAAAAGGUCCUUGCAUCAAGCACCUGACGACUUAAACGGACAACUCAUGAUGAAAGAUCAAAAUCAUCAUUUUGCUACCAUUAACAUGUUUAAUAUAAUUGGAAAUUUCAUGACAAGCAUGGUACAAGCAGUAUUGUGUAUAUCUGAAUUACUUGUAGAUUUGUUUUCGGUAUGGUGGAGCUGUUGAGAGAAAGGUAAUCUAUGGUGAAGUGUACAAUCCUGGACUUGAGGGAUGAGGCGCAGAGUGUCACAUGUCUGCGUUAGCACAAACCUACAACGCUGCUUCAGCAUGUCAGUGUGUGGAACAAUGCAUAAAGUAAUAUGUGAGCUCAAAUUUAAGCUAACUUUACUUAAGAGCAGUGAAAAAAAAAUACAAGCUAGACAGAAAGAAAGCAAAACAGAACUGGAAGCAACGUAUGCUUUAUGGGAUACAAGGCAAUGUUUUUUCACUUUACAACUCCAAACACGGCCAUCAGCAGAGAAAGAGACACUUGCAAAAACAUAUAUCUGUGUUUUAGGGCUUUGAAAUAUAUUUUAAUGCUAACCAAUAUGCAUACAGUGGCUCUUAAAACUAUCCACAGCUUUGCGGAAAUGUCAGGUUUUUGUGAUUUGAAAAAUAAUUUUACAAAUCAAAUUAACAUGUUUUUCAGACUCAAAAUUAAAUUAUUCCUCCACAAUUAAAAAAAACAAAAAAACAAACAAACAAAAAAAAAACUUCAUUGGAGCAUAAUUUGAUUAAAUUUCAGCAUUCACUCUGGUUGGAGCCUAGAAGUGACCUACAUCUUGACUUGUCAAUAUUUGCAGUCUUUAUUUUGGAAAAAUACUUUAAAUCUCUCAGAUUAUGAGGCCAUCUUCGGGAAACUCUUUUUUUUUUUUAUAUACAGCUCAUCUCCAUAACACAACCAGAAAUUGGCAGAAAUGUUACUGCAGCCUCUUCGAUGAUGCUGUAGGCUGCUUGGCAGCCUCCCCAACCAAUUCUUAUCUUUUCUUACAAUCUGUUUUAGUGACCAAUCCAAAUUUGAUGUUCCUUUGUCCCAUAAUUGUUUAAGUCAUUGGUGACUUUCUUUACUCUGUUAUGAUGUACAUAAAAGAUUAUUGGGAGCCUUUAUCACAUCACCAUAAACCAUGGCAUUCAAAAUAAACUUAACUGAUCCAGAUUAGCUUUAUUUCUAGUUUAGCAGAUCCACUUAAACCAUUUAAAGGUUGUGAUAAUAGAGGCAGCUGGAAUAACAUUUUAAGAUUAAGGGUGUGAAGACUUAUGUAAUCAAAUAGUUUUUUUUAUUUACUCUCCUAACAGAUUUGUCAAUUUUUAGUUGAACUGAAUGAGACAUACCUCUGCAUAAAAGAUGGAAAAAUUUAAAAAAUGUAUUUCACAAUGGCGGUAAUCACAAAAACCUGCUGUUUUAACAUUGGUGUGUACACUUUUGUGAGUCACGGUAGGUUAACGCAGGGCACGUUAUAUUUAAUUUUGGUUAAUUUUUUAUUUUAUUUCAUUGAUUUUAAACCCAAAAGAGGCGUUUGUUUAUUCAGUUUCAUUUGUGCUGUUCGAUGUAAAGCAUUGCGUGUGCAUUGUCCCACAUCCAUGCAGAGAUGGUACAUGGACUGAGUCUACAAGCUGGAUUUGUUUGACAUGAAGUGCACUGUUUUUAGUUUUCCCAGUUUACAAGUUUACGCUGAAGGGGAAAAUCUUUGUAAUGCUGUCAGAUGAUGAGGAUCCCUUUGUUGCAAGCAGUAAAAAAAAAAAAGACGCACAAAAUCUUUUUGCAAGCAGCUUCAUUACCCCUGACCUCUGUAUCCCUGCCAUUUCACCCUUGACCGUUUGUUAACCCUGGAAAUCCAAGAGCACACUCUCCUCCCAACUAAUCACUGCUCACACAUAGUAGCAAACUGAAUGCACUUCUCCUGGCUUUAUUAACAACCACUUUUUUUUAUUAAAAGAAUUGUGAUUUAUCAUCAUCUGAGCAAGUUGAUGCCUGAAAAACAGAUUACACUCCAUUCUUAUUCCUCACAACAUCAGACUCUGUUUUUGUAGAACUUCUCCUUUAAACACAGGCAUAAAUAGAAAAUUUCUUUCACAAACAGAGCUCUGCUAUGUUUUAGUGGGAAAUGUCUUAAGUUUUGUUACUGCAUCUCAAUGGCAUCCAAUACUCCCGUCACAGUACAUAUGAGGUAAAACAUUUCAGAAACGUUAGAAAAAAAAAAAAAAUUGCUGAUUUUUUGUUUAAUUUUGCUUUUCUUUUUUUUUUUUUUGCCUUGGUUCUUUAUGGCUCUUCAGGUUGAAAUACAAUUUGCAUUGGGGAAAGGAUUAAGAUUAUAUAUGAAUAUAUAAUAAAGAACUUAAAAUAUAGGAAAAUGCACAGUCAUGUCAGUUCCUAUACUUAAACACAUUUAUGGUCUACUUUUUCUGUAUUUCUAGAAUUGUAUUUGAAUUCAAUGUUCACUUAGAGUAGGCACUAUAGUAUUUAUAUUGAGGCUCGUAUUUUUAACUGUUGCUUGUUCUCUCUAAAGGUAUUUGCCAUACCUGUUUUGGUAGUGGAAAAAAACCCAAGCUGCCACGGUAUAUUUUUUUAAUUUGGCAGGAUAAUAUAGUGCGAAUUAUUUGUAUGUCUAAAGAAAUAAAAUAAAACGAUAAAAAAAAGAACAUCCCAUAAAAAAGCAGCUAAAAUGUGUGGCAUUGGGAGGCGUCGCAGGCCAUCAGAUGGCUGCUGCUUUGGUUCCUGCUGUCCAUAGAGGUGUUUGUACAUAUCUUCUUUUUUUUUAUUUUUUAUUCGCACUUCUUUCUCCUCCCUCUGCUGCCAUUCCUGUAUGCAGUACUGAAAGCUGACGUUGACCUGUUCUGUUGUGUGCUUUUGUCUCUCUCACCUCUCCCACCUGACAACAUUCCAACAUCAAGAAGAGAGGAGAAAAAAAAUCUAAAGUAAAAAAAAAAAAUAAUAUGCAGUACAUGGAUUACUUAAAAAAAGUUAAAAUAAAUACAUUUAAAAAGAAAUAAAAUGUUUUUGCAUUUUCUUUUCCAUUGCCAAAUACUAAAUGGUGCUUUAUAUUUAGAUUGGGUGAAAAUACUUUCAUAUGCAAAGCAUAUUUAAAAAUGACCAGGGGGAUGUGGAGAAGCCUGCUUGAGUUGAGACUUUUUUUGUAAAUGGCAAUGCGGAAUAUUUUGUUAUCAGCCUUUUCUAUUCCUGUUCUGAGAGCUGUUUGUUGUAACUUGAACAUGAACUUUAUCUUUUACAAUGGGAGCUACUAUUUAUUAUUACCUAUAUGCUCUGUUCUGAACAGAGACAUGGAAUGGAGUCAUAUAUUUUUGGUUCGUUUUUAUUUUAUUCUUUUGUUUUGGUUAUACCAUAAUUUUAUUAUGUUUUCUUUUCUAAUGGUGGCCAGUGGUCAUUGGACAAAACAAGCUCUAUGAUUUCUGUUGUACCUGUUUGGGAUCUCUGUUCAGUUGUAUUGGGAAUACCACUCUCUGUGUUUUCUGGCAGAUGUCUGCAUAAUCCUGUUCACACGCCCAUUUUGUCCCUUUAUUGAAAAAUGAUUAAUAAAAAAAGAUGAAAGUGUAA